AUGGCAGAUCAUGGGAGGAAUCACUGGUUGGCACUUAAAUGGCUAUUGAGAUAUCUAAAGGGAGCUGCAAGGUUGGGAAUUAUGUAUGGUGGAAAUAAGGAUCACAGUGGUAAUGCAAUGAUGGGCUUCUGUGACUCGGAUUAUGCUGGGGAUAUAGACAAUAGAAGGUCACAAACCGGGUAUGUGUUUACCAUGUAUGGCUCUGCAGCCAGCUGGAAGUCCAUCCAACAACAUGUGGUGGCUUUAUCUACAACUGAGGCUGAGUACUUGGCACUUGCAGCGGCGAUAAAAGAGAGUUUCUGGCUGAAGGGUCUUGCAGCAGAGUUAGGAGUUGUUCAGAAAUGUAUUGCUAUAGGCUGUGACAGUAACAGUGCUAUUGCUCUUGCUAAACACCAGUGUUCCAUGAGCGGAGCAAGCACAUCGAUGUGCGCUUACACUUCAUCAGAGAGAAGAUUGAAGAAGGUGAAGUUGAAGUGUACAAGAUAA